CCUUAUCUCAAUUCAACUCUUGUGUACCACGAGUAUAAUUUUAUAACCAUUCAUUCAUUCUACCUUUUCCUAGCCGCUUUUGCUUCAAUUCCAUGGCUCAACAACAAAAACAAACAUCAAUAAAACUCAUUUCAGAAUGUUUUGUCAAACCAAAAUAUGAAGUUGAAGCUUCUAAACAACCUUACCAUUUAUCACCUCCUGAAAUAGGUAUGCUUUCCAUUGACCCUAUUCAAAAAGGUCUUCUUUUUACCAUAAAAAAUACACAUUCUAAUGGUGCUAAUGAUCGAACCAAAGUUGUUUCUCGUCUUUUUGACAAGCUUAAACACUCUCUUUCUAUUGCCCUCGUUCAUUUCUAUCCAUUAGCUGGUCGAUUCGUAACGGAGAGAUACCCGGACGAGCACGCUUGUUGUAUCUACAUUGAUUGUAACAAGGGCCGGGGUGCAAGGUUGAUUUAUGUUACGGCACUAGAUGUUACGGUUUCGGAUAUCGUGUCAUCCACCGAUGUUCCGCCCAUUGUUCGAUCUUUUUUCGAGCUCGGUGAUAUAAUGGUUAAUCAUGAUGGUCAUACGAGGGCUUUGUUAUCGAUCCAGGUAACGGAACUCCUAGACGGGGUGUUCAUAGGGUUUACUAUGAACCAUAGUGUGGGAGAUGGUACGUCUUUUUUACAUUUUAUUAGCGUGUUAUCUGAAAUUUUUUGGUCCGAGGAGAAUAUUGGUCAAAAAUCAAAAUAGUACUUUAAAAUUUUCACGUCCGCCAAUAUUUAAUUUUAAGCCUUGGGUAAGUAAUGAUCCCGAAAAUAAGGUUGCUGAGGUGAUGAAGUUGCCCCAUUUAGAGCCCGAGGAA